AUGUCCACUGCUCUCAUGCUCGCCGUCGCGCUUCAUCUCUUACUUGGAUGCUUUCUAAUUUCAGCCAAAUACCAGCCCAAGUGGCCUUCAAUUGAUUCACGGCCUCUUCCGCAGUGGUACGACGACGUGAAAUUUGGAAUCUUCUGUCAUUGGGGAGUUUAUUCAGUUCCAGCUUUCAGGUCGGAGUGGUUUUGGUGGUACUGGAAGGGCGAUAAGCCGGAUAAGGACGUUGUUAACUAUGUAAAUCGUAACUAUAAGCCCGGCACAACCUACGCGGACUUCGCCAAAGAUUUCACUGCCGAACUAUUCGAUGCAAAGGAAUUUGCAGAUAUCGUGAAGUCAUCAGGAGCGAAAUACUUCGUGUUGACCAGCAAACAUCAUGAAGGCUUCACCAUGUGGCCCAGCAAAAGCAGUUGGAAUUGGAACGCAGUUGAUGUCGGCCCAAAACGGGAUAUUGUUGGCGAAAUCAAGGAUGCCUUCAAAGGAACAGACGUCCAUUUCGGUCUCUACUACUCCUUGUUUGAAUGGUUUCACCCAAUGUUCAUUGACGAUUGCAAAUACAAUACAACAGCAUACGUCGAUGAUGUCAUCGUUGUGAAUGAUCGUUGGGGCGGUGAUUCCAUGGGAAAGCAUGGCGGGUUCUUCACCUAUUCUGAUCACUAUGACCCAGGGAAGCUAAUGGACCGAAAAUGGGAAAAUUGUAUGACACUUGACAAAGGCUCGUGGGGACAUCGGCGAACAAUGAAGAGCGCUGAUGUCAAUACCGUGCACGAACUGAUAGUACAAUGGCACGUACAAUCUCUUGUGGCAAUGAACUUCCUACUAAAUGUUGUCCAAUAUGCCAUGGCAAAAUACGCAAUAUUGAGGAUCGUCUCAGAGAGCUCGGAAGGCAAGCGGACCUUUUUUUAG